AUGCUGGUCUCCUUGACAGUAGGCAAGGUAGACGCAGGAGUCGCUGUGCUCUUGACCCAGGACAACCGACUCAUCGAAUUUCCCUCCGUCCUCCUCCCAAACAACAUCGCAUCCGGCAGCAUCGUCGACAUUACAGUAUCGCGCAACCAUACCGCUGAAGCCGCAAGCACAGCGGCUUUUCAGGCUCUCCAGAAGCGUAUCCUGAACACGUACGGCGUCAAGAACCCUGCCCCGCCCAUCCUCCGUCUCCGAAAUGCCACGCAAACCUCGCUGGUCCUAGAAUGGGAUCCCAUCGAUCUUGCCACGGCAUCACUCAAAUCCCUCUCUCUUUACCGGAAUGGCUCCAAGGCCGGGUCUAUACCCAGACCGCUGGAGACGCGCAGCACCAAGAUCAGCGGCCUCGCCAUCGACAUGGAGUACACGUUUCAUCUCGUCUUGCGCACAACCGCCGGCACAUACCAAUCGGAGAAGCUGACAUGUCGCACCCACAAGAUGACGGAUCUAUCUGGAAUCACAGUGACGCCUGGUGUGCUCCCACCGCAGCAGAAGGACGCCCUGGCGGCGGCGUUGGAUCGCAUCGGCGGCAAGCUCAUCGACACCGUCCGUAUCGACACUACCCACUUUGUGUGCACGGAGGGGAAAGGCCCCCUGUGGGAGAAGGCUGUCGAGAUGAACAUCCCAGUGGUGGUUCCUGAGUGGGUGGAUGCCUGCGAGGCUGAGGGCACCCUCGUGAGUGUCCGCGGAUACUACCUGAACGCAGACCCCAAGGCCAGACAGCUCGGGCCCAUCCACGCCUCGUCGCAUCAGCACACGCGAUCCUCCGUCUCAAUGGCUACCAAUGCCCCGCCGAAGUCGCACCCGCAGUCCCACUCCCAGCCGCAGUCGCAGUCCCCCUCUCAAUCGCAGUCGCAGUCCCAGUCGCAGUCGAGACUCAGUCUCCACCCCCAACCGGUGCAUGAGAGGAAUCUGAGCGUCGGCGAGCCGCCCGUAACCCCUUUCCCCGGCGCGAGCAUGAGUGGCCAACCGCGCGCGGAUGAGGAGGAAGUCUCAUCAGAUGAGGAGACUCCGCCUCCGCCGCCUCCGAAGGAUGAGGGUAUUGCGGAAGCUGAGCCAACGGUCAACGGCAAAUCUGCGUCGCCAGGUCCGGCAGAGGAAGGCAAUACGAGCGAAGAUGACAAGGCAGAGGAAGAAUCUGAAAGCGAACAGGAGAACUCGGACAAGGAGCAAGAACACGAAGAAGCGCCAAGUAACGAUAAUGACGCCAAGACCAAGGGGAAGGAGGGCGAAGGAGAUUUCAGUGAAGUCACCCUGUGA